CACGUUACUGAAAUCUAAACAGCAGUGUGAAGCAGGCACGGCCGGAGGAUGAAGACACCGGAGCAUCCUCAGCAUCUGAGCCUGAUAGCCCGCGGUGGAGGUAAAAAUAAAAAAAUAGUGUAGCGGUUGCAUGGGAGAGAAGUGAUCAAUUAGACUGUCGAGGGAUAGUGUGUGCACCGGAUCCAGACAGCUACGCAGCGCCAGACAACACGACGCUGUUCUCUACCAUCCAAACACAGAGGCUGAUCAUGGGUUUAUCCUCUUUGUAAUAUCGUCUGAGCUGCGACACACACCGCCUGCAUCUGUAGCGACAACAACACCAUGGGUUCCAGACUGAGCAGGCAGAGCAGCCUGGACAAUGAGAAUUUCUCCAAAAAGAGACGCAAGCUUCAGGAAAGCACCGGAGAGAGCGACAGGGUCAGCCGAGGCGGCGGGGGGGACUUUCUGUUUGCACUGAUGCUGAAAUCAGACAAACUGCCCGGGAUGCUGCGGAGGACCAACCACAGCCCGUACAUCAGGCGUGUGGCGUGGAUCAAAGAGAUCCAGAAGCUGCUCCGUGACCGCAGGAUAGAGCAGGCAACUGACGUGCUCAAAUUACUGAGGAAGGAUCUUGGUUUGGAAGGCACCUCGCUCAACGACAUCUUAUACAAAAAUGCGGCCUUCCUCAACCUGGUGGACCCUAUCUCACACGAGCUGCUGCUCAGCCUGGCUCGAGAGAUGCAAUGUCCUAAGAAGGAUGCAGACACCAUAAAGUCUUCAGAUAAGAUUUGCAGACAGCUGAUCUACCACCUGACCCCGCACUCAAAGUGGCUGAGGCAGACCAUGUCCAGACGGAAAUCCCAGGCCUGUCUCAAGACAACCCUGCAGAAAAAGCUCUCCGGGGACUGCGUCGACCUGUCAGGCAUCCCCCUGUCCACCCGCGACGUCCGCCAAGUCUUGUUCUAUCUCCAAAACAACCGAGACAGCGUGGUGGCUGUGGACAUCAGCUUCACCGACCUCCAGGACGACAACCUGAAGAUUCUCCUGCCUCUGCUCGCCGUGCUGCCCAAACUCAGCACCCUGGCUCUGAACGGUAACCGCCUCACCCUGGUCAUCCUCAAAGACCUCACAGAGAUGCUCAAAGACCCCAAGAUGUUCUCCAGCCUGGCCUGGAUCGACCUCGGCAACAACGUGGAUAUUUUCACCAUGCCGCAGCCGCUGCUGGUGGCGUUGCGUCGGCGCUGCAGCCUCAAGAGCAGCCUACCGACUAUCUACGAGUACACAGAGGGGCAACCCUACUGCUACCACCUGGAGACCUCCAUCGAGGAGCCCAGCCACUACGAGGAGGAGGAGGAGGAGGAGGAGGUGGAAGUGGAAGACGAGGAUGACAAAUUUGAGCUGGAGCAGUGGAGUUUAGGAGAAAAGCAGCUCUCCAAAGACUUCACCAUCCACUACUGUGAGAGGUGAUCGGGCUUUCCCACUUCGAGGCUCUUUCAACGGGGGUCGAAAUGCGUCCCACAGCACUCUGUUACCUCCUUUGCCCUCUUGCCCUCACACCACGAGCCCUGUCACCCUUCGAGGCACGAGGGCGACACGUGCCCACAUUGUGAACUUCUCGUCCCGACAAAGCUACCAAGCUAUCCCUAACCAUCUCUGAGUUAAUGCACACAAGAAGAAAGUGACGACGGUGGACUUACUGUGUUGGUGGAUGGUGCUCUUGGGAACGAGGUGCGGAUUCAUUGGAGGGGGGCUGGAAGAGUUAAUGAAGCGGUGCUCUCUCUCUCUCUCUCUCUCUCUCUCUCUCUCUCCCUCUCUCUCCCCCUCUCUCUUUCUCUCGUUCUCUCUCUGAUAGUGAGGAGCCAAUCCCAAGGAGAUUUAGUUCAGUUGGUUGUAUGGAUGAGCAGCAUCCCGGCGGUGGCUAAAAGUGGAGCUGGAGUUAGUUUGGAAACAGAGGGUCCCUGUGGGUUCUCUACCAGGACUGAGGCUAUCUCUGGCAGGCAGAGCCUAGCUCCACAUUGUGUGUUCUCUGUUAAUCUCUCAACAAAAGCUAUGACACAAGUUCAACAGACUAUACAGCCGACGACCCGUCACGUGACGCCAGCAAAACUGCUAUGUCAAGACUUUUCGCGUAUUCCCCCCCUUUCCAAAUGUCCACUUGUGAAUACCCACGCAGCCCUUGUGUAGAUGUAAAUGAGGGCACAAAACAUGGUUCUCUUGUGUUUACACGGGCUAUUUUUGUGCACUUUUGGUGAACAAAGCAAUCUUAGAAGACAACAGGUAGGAUAGCUGUCACUGCUUGUUUUUAUACUAGCCUAAAUGCUGAUAUUGGUCUUACUGAGCUGAUGUAGCUAUCACCACAGUGUUUUCAGUGCGUUUAUGACACCACAGCCAAGUGUUUAUGUGGGCCAGCUAGUUUGAGCAGUGCUAUUGGUCCUACUGCCGUUUGUCUCUUCAAAUAUGUAGUCAUUUCCAUUUAUUGACACCGUACUUCAGUGGCUCUGCGUUUCUUAUAAGACACAAGCAUGACUGUUAAAUAUCGGUUAUAGUUCGUCUACAGUAGCACAUAAUGAUGAAGUUAGACUGACUGAAAGCACUUUAAGGAUACUUUUUUCUUUAUAUUUCUGUUUCUCCAUAGCAUAACCUCUGUGUGCAUUGUUUGUAUGUACGAAGCUGAACGCAAAACCUCUUUUAAGGGUGAAAUGAUGACCAAAUGGCUAUUGAUUGUUAGAAUGAUCAUAGAAAAAUCACCAGAUAUAUAAUAAAUGUUUAAGUGUGUGUUAUAUGUGUGUGUAACAGUAAAAUGUCUGAUUACUGAUGUAAUUAUUUGUGUUGUUGUUUUAGUGUUUCGUCUUUUGUCUGACUCUGUAAUUAUAAUAAUGACUCUUAAUAUGAAACUGACCUCCAGCUGUAAGCUUGCAGGGCAAACAAAAAAAGGGACGUGGCUGAUGGGAUUACACAAUAAAAUGAAAUAGAUCAGUAAAUGCAGAGAACUUUCAAAUCGAAUGUGAAAUUUGAAUGAUGGAAAGCACUGUCCACUUUGUUUAGUAUUUUAUGUUCCCGUGUGUCAAACUCUUCUUGUAGCCUGUGUGUUCUUGUCUCAUGCCAAACACUGACUGCCAAUAAAAGAACCAAUCUCAACUCA